AUGGCGACGAAUCCCUUCGUCAGCAACGACAUCUCGGGUUUUGAAGACCCCAAGGUCACCGUCGCCAGGUAUCGCGAGCAGGAGAAGCGAGCCGCCGCAACCGACAAAGCACCCACCAAGGCCGCCGGUGCGCUCUAUAACAAGGGCGCAAACUACGAGCCCCUGAAGCUCGACGAGAACCUCUGGGGUCUGGGCUUCAGUAGCAUACGCUGCAACAACAUCAUCGGCUGA